AUGCCACAUUCAGAAACCGACAUCAACAGCUACAGUACAACCGCAGACAUGGCACCCCAAGUAAACGGCGACUCCAGCCCCUCCUCCGCCUUCCUCUCCCACCUAACCUCCUACCCCGUAAUCCACGACUCAAUCGACACAUUCAAAGCCAACCCCUACGCCGCAAAAUCCAUCACCCUCACCACAUCUACCUACAACAAGCUCAGCACGCCCGUAGCCCCCUACCUCAGCAAACCCUACGCCUACCUCUCGCCCUACCUCACACGCGCCGAUUCCAUCCUCGACUCCAGCCUCUCCACCAUCGACACCAAGCUCCCGGCCCUCAAGAAACCCACCUCGGAUCUCUACGCCGACGGCAAGAGCAUCGUGUUCUACCCGCUCAAGGGCAGGGACUACGUGCUGGAUACCUACCAGAAGGAAGUGAAGAAGGUUGGGGGCGCGAGCGGGGGCGUGGUGGGCUAUGGGAAGGCGGCGGUGGGCACGGGGUUCGUGGUGUUGGGCGAUAGUCUGGGUUGGCUGGGUGGGUUUCUGAGGGAGAAGAAGAAGGAGGGGAAGGAGGUUGUGAGUGAGAAGACAGGGUGA